AUGGGUCUCGAUAAUACCAUAACGGAUCCGGCGUUGAAACAAGCCUUGGAGACCUCACAGCUUGCACGAACCCAGGCUAUCGCACUCCUCGAUCUCUCCUCUUCCAUUGCGGAUCCGACACAAGAAAACCAAUUGCAGAUAUCAGCACAGCAAAAAGUCCUUCUGGCACAUCUGGCGCAACUGAGAGGUUCCCAUCGUGACGCACAUCUGGGCGCUAGAGCUACGAAGGCUUUGACCGCUGAAGCCCGACAAGAAGUUGACCGGUUACACUUACAGCUUCAGAACUUGUAUUAUGAACAAAGACAUCUUCAAGGAGAGAUAAACGCUUGCGAGUCUUACGAUCACAAAUAUCAACAACUACCUCUCAUUCCUAUCGAACAAUUCCUCGAGGAGCAUCCCGAACAUGCAAACGCGGAUGAGGUCGCCCUUAUGGUGGCUCGAAUAGAUCAUGAACAUGCGGAGCGUCUAGCGCUAGAAGAGCAAAGACAAGGACUUUUAAAAAAGAAGCAAGGUCUUAUUGCCGAUAACAAGAAAAGGAAGGACGAUCUGGCAAACCUGGAUAAGGAUUUGGAGAAGUUCAUCGACGCUGCGAAACCUAUCCAGAAAACAUUCGAAAAGGUUGUCUGA